CUUUUUGUGUCCUUGGUGACAAGGAGAUGCAUCAACAUGUUCACACACACCUCACACACAAAUAUGUAUUAUAUAUAUAAGUAGUAUUAAGUAGUUUAGGAACAAAACUACUUCAUAAUUCAUCUAUAAUUUUUCUCUCUUGUUAUAAUUAAGAAAGGUCCUUAAUUAAUACACAUAAAUGGGUUCACCCCCAAUGAAUAAGGGAGAGAGGAAAAUAGAGAGAGGUUCCAUAGCUAUAAUCUUGAGAUAUGCAGAUUGUGUUGAUGUUUUGCUUAUGUUAAUGGGUGCUGUUGGAGCAGUUGGAGAUGGCAUGUCCACAAACAUUCUUCUCAUCUUCGCUAGCCGCAUCAUGAACAGCUUAGGAUAUGGCAACCAACAAAGUAGUGGCACUGCCAACAAUUACAUGUCCCAGGUUGAAAAGUGCAGCUUGUAUUUUGUGUACUUGGGACUAGCAGUGAUGGUGUUGGCCUUCAUGGAAGGGUACUGUUGGAGUAAAACAAGUGAGAGGCAGGUGUUGAGAAUUCGGUACAAGUAUUUGGAAGCUGUUCUAAGACAAGAAGUGGGGUUUUUUGAAUCACAAGAAGCAACUACUUCUGAAAUCAUCAAUUCCAUAUCAAAAGACACUUCUCUCGUCCAAGAAGUCCUAAGUGAAAAGGUGCCACUAUUCUUAAUGCACUCAUCAUCAUUCAUCUCUGGGAUUGCUUUUGCCACCUACUUCUCAUGGAGGCUGGCCUUAGUAGCAUUCCCAACACUUGUUCUUCUCAUAAUCCCCGGCAUGAUCUAUGGCAAAUACCUAAUCUAUUUGUCAAAGUCAUCUGCCAAGGAGUACGGCAAGGCGAACGCCAUCGUCGAGCAGGCGUUAAGCUCCAUCAAAACCAUUUAUUCGUUCACAGCCGAGAGGAGAAUCCUUGUGAGGUAUUCAGAGAUCUUAGAGAGAACCUCAAGGCUUGGAAUCAAGCAAGGGAUAGCAAAGGGUUUAGCUGUUGGAAGCACAGGUUUAUGCUUUGCAAUUUGGGCUUUUCUUGCUUGGUAUGGAAGCCAUUUGGUUAUGUACAAAGCUGAAAGUGGUGGAAGGAUCUAUGCAGCUGGAAUUUGCUUCAUUAUGAGUGGACAAUCCCUUGGAGUGGUACUUCCAGAUUUGAAGUACUUGACCGAAGCAUCAGUAGCAUCCACAAGAAUCUUCAACAUGAUUGACAGAAAAGCAGUAAUUGAUGGUGAAGACACAACAAAGGGAAUAGUGCUAGACCAAAUUAACGGGAACCUAGACUUUGAACAUGUGAAAUUCACAUACCGUUCAAGACCAGACAACCUCGUACUCAAUGACUUCAAUCUGAGGGUUGAAUCAGGCAAAACGGUUGCACUUGUUGGUGCAAGUGGGAGUGGAAAGUCAACGGCAAUAGCGUUGGUGCAAAGGUUCUAUGAUGUGGAUGAAGGUGUUGUGAGGGUUGAUGGUGUUGACAUAAAGAGCUUGCAGUUGAAGUGGUUGAGGGGUAAAAUGGGGCUUGUGAGUCAAGAACAUGCAUUGUUUGGGACAUCUAUUAAGGAGAAUAUUAUGUUUGGAAAGCUUGAUGCUACCAUGGAUGAGGUUGUUGCUGCUGCUACUGCUGCUAAUGCUCAUAACUUUGUUAGGCAGCUCCCUCAGGGUUAUGAAACCAAGAUUGGAGAAAGGGGAGCACUUCUUUCAGGAGGACAAAAGCAGCGAAUAGCAAUUGCAAGAGCCAUCAUAAAGAAUCCAGUGAUUCUUCUUCUUGAUGAAGCAACCAGUGCUCUUGACUCUGAAUCUGAAUUACUUGUCCAAAAUGCCCUUGAUCAUGCCUCAUUGGGCAGGACUACAUUGGUUGUUGCACACAAGCUAUCAACGGUCCGAAACGCAGAUGUCAUAGCUGUUGUCAACGGCGGUUGCAUCAUCGAAAUCGGCACGCACAACGAGCUCAUAACCCGUCCAAACGGCCACUAUGCAAAGCUAGCAAAACUCCAAACACAACUCAGCUUUGAUGAUCAACAAGAAAUAUCCAAUGCUCUUUCUUCUGCAGCAAGAAGCAGUGCUGGUAGAACCAGCACAGCAAGAUCAACAAGCCCUGCAAUGUUCCAAAAAUCACCAAUCCCUAUUGAUGAUAACACCAUAACCCCAGAAUCAUCUCUUGUUUCUCACCCUUCACCUUCUUUCCCAAGGCUUCUAUCUCUGAAUGCACCUGAAUGGAAACAAGGUUUAAUUGGUACUUUUUCCGCAAUAGCUUUCGGCUCAGUGCAGCCCAUAUAUGCCUUAACAAUUGGUGGCAUGAUUUCUGCAUUUUUCGCCGAAAGCCAUAGUGAAAUGAUUCACAGAAUCAGGACUUACUCUUUGAUUUUCACUUCUCUUUCUCUUGCUUCCAUCACACUCAACCUCUUGCAGCACUACAAUUUCGCAUACAUGGGAGCAAAAUUAACAAAAAGGAUACGGCAGAGAAUGCUUGAGAAUAUCUUAACAUUCGAAACGGCUUGGUUCGAUGAAGAACAUAACUCCAGUGGAGCAUUGUGCUCAAGGCUAAGCAAUGAGGCUUCCAUGGUUAAGUCCCUUGUCGCGGAUCGCGUUUCAUUGCUUGUUCAAACAGCUUCUGCUGUCAGUAUUGCAAUGAUCAUAGGACUCGCCGUGGCGUGGAAGCUCGCUCUUGUGAUGAUAGCAGUGCAGCCACUCACAAUCCUCUGCUUCUACACAAGAAAAGUUCUUCUCUCUACACUCUCAUCAAAAUUCAUCAAGGCACAGAAUCAUAGCACACAGAUUGCAGUUGAAGCAGUGUACAACCACAGAAUUGUGACUUCAUUUGGAAGCAUACAAAAGGUUUUGACAUUAUUCGAUGAAGCGCAGGAGGCGCCAAGGAAGGAGGCGAGGAAGAAGUCAUGGCUGGCCGGGAUUGGAAUGGGGUCUGCUCAAUGCCUAACAUUCAUGACAUGGGCUUUGGAUUUCUGGUAUGGAGGGACAUUGGUGGAGAAGAAGGAUAUUUCUGCAGGGGAUGUGUUUAAGACAUUCUUUGUUUUGGUUAGCACUGGGAAGGUCAUUGCUGAAGCUGGAAGCAUGACUUCUGAUCUUGCAAAGUCCUCAACUGCUGUCAAAUCUGUUUUUGAGAUUCUUGACAGGAAAUCACUUAUUCCCAAGGCUGGUGAUUGCAACAACGGAAGAAAGUUGGAAAAUAUGAGUGGGAAGAUAGAAUUAAAGAACGUUGAUUUCGCCUACCCAAGUAGGGCAGGAACACCGGUAUUGCGCAAGUUUUGCUUGGAGGUGAAGGCAG